AUGGAUGAAUUUGAGCAAACUCUUCAAAACCCUCCGCCCCAGCCCCAGAGCUGCAUCCAGUCCACUCGCUCCCUACUACAGCUGCCCCCGUUGCCUCCGCUUGCGCCCGCGUUGUUGCUCGCAUCGGUGAUCACAGCUCGAACUGCUGCCCUUGGUAUUGCGCUUCCACAUCACAUCGGAGGAGAUCUUGCGGUGGUUCAGGCGACCUUAGGCGACCGUCACAGAUUCAGAUUCAGGAAGAUGGCGUCCGCAAUGUUGAAGUCCACAGUGACCAUUGUUGCAGCCGUUUUGAGCAUGGCUGUGUUGGCCAAUGCGCAGGCGCCCAGUCCUGCCCCAGGACCUGAGAAAGGUGCCGGGGUCCUUACAGUGCCGACAAUGAUUGUGCCCGUGGUUGGGAUGAUCCUGUCUUUGGUUGCGGGGCGCAUGCUGUGUUGAACACACGUGAGCUAUGAGCAUUGUAAAGUUGGAUGCGUAGAUUAUGUAGUGCUGUUGAAGUGCUAUCAAUUCAAUUCAUGAGGUUAGGAAGAUUGUGAAGCGGAGAAGCCGGUGGGACCGAGUUAGGGUGCAGAAGGCGACGACCAAGCGGAUUUUCAGGACGAGAAGUUUGGCAUGAUGCUGUACAAUAAGCAGUGAUUACGGUAGCGGUAGUUAGGAAUGUAGUGUGGAGUUUGAGACAUUGAGGAGAAAAAUUCAUGAAUAUGGGUUUUCCUCUACAUGCACAAAUCUAGGUUCUAAUUUGCAUGCAAUUAAUGAAAUUUUGUAUUAUGAAGAUUAAUCAAUUAAUACAAUUUCCACAAAGAAGUACUUUUGAUGAA